AUGGCGAUCACCGGUGAGAACAGUAGCGGUGAUGAUGACGACGAUGCCCUCUACGCCGCCACCAAGAUGCGGGAGGCCAAAACGGGUCUAGAUUUUCUAGUCUCUGUGCUCUCCCAUGAAAAAGAGAAGCAAGCUCCCCUCACAUCAGGAGCAUACACUGGUGAAGCGUCUGACCUCUGCCGCGUAGACGAUCGCUUCCAGCCCGCGCAUACUGCCAAGCCGGCCGUGGCGUCAGCAGCUGGCCCGAGCGUCCGCUUGCCAUCUCGUGCCUCGUCGUCGAAGCCUCCGCCUCGUGACGGUGGCAAGUGUGGCAAGAGUGGGCACGGUGCAACCGAUCUUCAGACCCAAGCCUUCAAGCGGCAUGCCGCGACGAACAAGCACCAGUUGGCCAUCGAGCACCAGAAGAAGAUGCUAGCUCAGGCUGGGAAGCAGCCGCGGAUUGAUGAGCAUCCCCUCGCCAAGGAUGACGACACGACCCGCGUCAUCGCCCUCCUGAAAUCCCUUCACUUCACCACCCAGAACCAUCUGCCGAUGGAGACGUGGGUGCCCCUCGUUUGGGAAGCGCUCGCGGCCAAGGACGCGGCAGAGUCCCUUCCGGAGUUUGGCAUGGUCGACAGCUUCAUCCGCUGGCUCUCCACCUACCUCGGCUCAACAGGACCCUGGCACCAGCGGUUCCUGGACCUGCAGGAAGUCUUCACUCAGACUAACCUGGAGCUCCAAGGAAUCAAUGAUGUGCGUUGGCUCUCGCGCGGAGAUGCAGUCUGCCGACUUCUUGCAGUCCUGCCGGGUGUCAUCGUGAUGGUGCACGAGCUGGGAAACAAGCCCAUGUACCAGAUGGUAACAAGCUACAGGUUCCAAUUCAUGCUGCGCUUCCUCGCUGACGUGCUGGAACAACUGAACGUGCUCAGCAAGACGUUCCAGCAUCGACAGAUUGACCUGCUGGCGGUACAAGGCCAGAUCCGUCGCACGACAACCCACAUCAACAGCCGUUAUGUGGUUUGGGGCGACGACUUCGGAGGCGGCCUGAGCGAGAAGCUGUCGCCCUUCAUUGCACGACAUGGACCGAACGGGGUGCGGAGAGUGGAGGUCGAGUGGAUUGACUCCGACAGACGCCCCACUUCUCACUGCUACGUCCUGCAUGAUUCCCCCCUUGAAGGCUACCCCAUUGCAGGGACCCAUGACCGAUGCGUGGACCAGUGCACGGCGAUGGGGGAGUCCCUCGUGCAUAACCUGGAUGAGCGGCUAGGUUCUCUCGACAAGUUGAGCGGUGUGAAGCUGCUCAUGCCCGACGAGUGGCCCCAUGGACGCAGGAGCGAUCCAUGGGCGUACAAGAAGCGCAAGCUCAUCACAACAGUGGCAGCACCAAAGAAGCAACCUAGUGCUAAGGGGAAAGAGAAGGUGGACGAGGAUGAUGCUGGUGGUGCUGGCUCUGGGUGGGGGACAGAGACUCCCAUGCACAUGCACGUGUCUAUGAGCGAGCUCGCUAGCGACGAUGAUGAAGACAUGUGA